AUGAUAAAGGUAGAAAACGGUCGAAUCAACGGUCGAACCCAAUCAUACAACGGUACAGAAGUUGAGGUCUAUUUAGGCAUUCCGUACGCCAAACCACCGGUCGGUGAGCUACGAUUCAGGCGUCCGGUUCCGGCAACAAAAUGGUCGCAGCCGUUAGAUGCCUAUCAAUGGCCGGCACCCUGUCAACAGGGACCGGUUGGUUUGAUGUUUAUGCAUAACAAAAAUGUCAGCGAAGACUGUCUCUAUCUGAAUGUAUUCAACUCAAAGUCGUCGGUAAACAAUAGCCGAAAACUAGCGGUAAUGGUUUGGAUACACGGCGGCGGGUUUGUUAUUGGAUCGUCCGGCGAAAGAGUCUACAAUCCAUUGUUGUUGGCCAAACAGGGAGAUGUCAUUGUUGUCACUAUUAAUUAUAGAUUAGGAAUGUUAGGUAUGCUUAACGGAGGUACUGAUGAAGCACCGGGCAAUAUGUUUGUCUGGGAUCAGAUACAAGCACUAGAAUGGAUACAAAAAAAUAUUGAUAAAUUCGGUGGCGAUCCUAAUAGGGUUACCAUAUUUGGCGAAAGUGCUGGCAGUGUAUCGGUUAGUGCACUGAUAUUAUCACCGAAAAGUCGCAAUUUGUUUCAAAAUGCAAUUAUGAUGUCCGGCUCUACAGCUAUCUAUAAUGGCAUAUCAGACCAGAAAGAUAGUAUACAGUAUUGGCUAAAUCAGGCCAAAUCAGUGGGAUGUAGUAGUAGUGGUGAUAAAUUAAGUAAACGUAGAGUCAAAUUUAGUAAAUCACUAAUAGACUGUCUGCGUCAGGUGCCGGCAGAUAAAUUGGCAUUAUAUCCCAGUUCACCAUUUGAUAUUAACGGUAAAAUAAUACCCAUAGCAGUCAAUGAUGGACAGCUAUUAACCGACGAUGUUAUGAAAAUGUUGGAAAAGGGUGAACACAAACACAACUUUAGUCUAUUGAUUGGUAAUACCGGCGAUGAGGGAUCAAUACUGUUGGCACUGUUUAUCGAUCCGAAAACAUUUAAUUUUUUUACACCCAAAAAGUUUACAUACAGUAAAGCUUAUGAUUUUUUAAAAAAGUUUUCGUCACAUCUUCCAACUAACCGUCCCAUCGAUGGCGAACUAGUAGCCAAACUCUACUAUACCGGACUGUCCAAUAAAACUGACGACGAUUUUUUGAUCCGUACAAUUGGUCUGGCAUUUGGUGAUUACGCCAUGACCUGUCCGACCAUUAGAUUUGGCAAACAAUUGGCUAAAAAUAAUAAUAAUAAUAACAAUGUGAAUGUCUAUCAAUACUAUUAUAAUACCAAAAUAGUUGAUCCGACAAAAACAGGUGACAAAUGGUUAGCAUCGUUAUGUACCAAAUGGAUGGGUGCCUGUCAUGCAACCGAUAUCCUCCCAGUCAAACCGGGUGUUGUGGAUAAUAACGAUUGGCCACAAUAUUAUUCAAUGAACAGUCGCUUAAUUGCACCGUACUAUGAGUUUACUGAUCAACCAAAUCCAGUGACUAAUUAUAAUAAUAAUUUAAAAGCUAAUUAUUGCGAUAAUCUAUGGAAUCAAUCAAAUUAA